ACUGCUUGGACCUCUCGCCCAACAACACCACCUCCCAGUCCUAUUGCUAUGCGCCGAUGACGCCUCGUUGGCUGCGAAGAUGCCCAACAUCCUCUCCCGCGACCCUGCCUUCCUGUCCCGGCCCGCGCCUGGCUUCAACCUCUUUCAACCCGAUGGCUCAGUGAAAGGGCAGCACUCUUCUGCCGGUAAGUCUGAUGGCGCUUCUUCCCGCAAACUUGCACAUCGGGGGACGGAGGUGUUCGUGGCGGUGGGCAGCGAGGUGCGUUGGAGUGAAUUGGGGUUGUUAAGAGAUGCGGGAGAGGAAGCGGAGAGAGGGCAUAAGGGGACAUUUGAACCGGCGGAGGGUUCGUCGGCGCAGAAGGCGUACAGAGUGCUCAAGACAAACAUCUCCCGGCCCAUCACGCACUUGACUGUUUCUCCGAGCGGCACCUAUCUGGCAAUCCUCACCUCCCACACGUGCCACGUCGCCAUUCUACCAGCAACCUCGCUCCUUCGCCCUCACGAGACCUCCCCUCUGCGUCUGAAGACUUUCCAAAUUGGACCGACGGCGCACGUGUUGGAACAAGCGCCACUGGUAUCUGCGCUGUGGCAUCCGCUUUCUCCAUCGGGAGAUUGUCUUGUCACGAUAACGCACGACGCGUGUGUGCGCCUGUGGGAACUGGACGGCGAUAACCGAUCAUCUUUCAAUGAGCCUUCCUUGGCCGUGGACCUGAAGAAACUGGCCAAUGCCACGUCUACCCAAGCGGAUUUGAGCACGAGCAAGUACGGCACGAACAAAGGCUUCUCCCCUGACGAUGUGGAGAUGCAAGUCGCGGCGGCUUGCUUCGGUGGCCGGGGCGGUGAAGAUGAACAUGGCUGGGCUAGUAUGACGCUCUGGGUCGCUAUGACGGAAGGAGAUGUCUACGCGCUGUGUCCGCUGCUGCCUUCGACUUGGAGAGCGCCGGCGACUAUGUUGCCCACGUUGAGCACGAGCGUCAUUGAGAAGGCAAAGGCUAUCCGUCGCGAUGCCGAAGCCACGGAGGCUGAGCGAAGAAAUGUCGACCAACAGUCCAAAUGGCUUGCGGAGGUGGACUCGCAAGACCCCCGUCUCCUACCCGGCGCGGAUGAGUUUGAUACCAUCGAGGUAUACUCCCGACCAAAGCAGCUCAGUGCUGUGCCCAAGCUGCAAGGCCCGUUUCAAAUUUCGCCGGAGCCUGAUUUCGGCGAGAUCACGGAUAUCCACGUUAUCGCACCCAAGAUCGAUGACGAGGCUUUAUAUGACGAAGACAACGAGAAUCUCGACGACGAUGAUGGCCUCAGUGUCAGCAUCAUCUGUUUAGCUACCACCACCAACGAAGUGCAUGUCUGUUUGGACGUCAACGGUGUGGAAGCGGAGUGGCUGCCGAGUAAGCGCUCGCGGGCCAUCACCUUCGACGACACGGAUGACUGGAAGGAAUUGCUGCUCUUCGAGAGCGUCGACCUCGCGCAGACUGAAGACGAGGACGACGGCUGGCCGAUCUUCACCGCGUCCCCUACCAGCCGCUACGAGUUUUUCGUCACCCACUCCACGGGCGUCUGUAGCAUAUCACUCCAGCCCUGGAUCACGAUGCUCGAAGACGAACUCGCCAAUCCCUCAGACAGCGGAGCCGGCUUCAGGCUAAACAUCGUCCUCGACUCCGCCCACACAGCAGUAGAACAAAUUGUCGAAGCGCCUGCAGUUGAAGACACCGAUCACAAAGACAUCAACGCCGCAAUAGCAAUCGAAGAGCCAGGCUUCGGUUGCCUCCUCCUAACAUCGACAAACGACACUCCCUACGCCACAAUCCUCGACCUCAACCCCCAGACCGCCGACCCCUACGCCCCAGACACCCCUGUCCUGCCCGCAGGCCUUCUCCCAUCUCCGCCACCCCGCGCCCCCUACCGCCCCGCCCCAGAAUUCACCCAACCCUCCGCCCUCCCGAAACUGCUCAAAACUGCGCACGAAAAGCGCCUCCUCGGCCACACGCCCAUCAACGGCCCCAUCCGCUUCAGCCCCGCCGCGCUGCAACUACUCACCGAAGCCCACCGCGUUAUGAGCGCCGAGACGCAUCGGCUGGGUAUGGCAGCCGCGGACCUCUUCCGGCGGUGUGAGAGGAUGCGCGCCGAGCUAGUGGAGCAGGUGCGAAAAGUGGCGGAAAUCGCGCAGCAGGUCGACGCUGUUACUGGCGAGGAUGGUGGAGAGGAAGGCGAGCAGGAGCAUUCUGGAAGGGAGAAGAUUGAUGAGCGGAUGGAGAGGAGCGAUCGCAAGACUGUGGAGCUUAAUCGCCGUGUCGAGACGUUGAGGAAGAAGAUGGCGUUGCUAGGUGGUGCGCAGUUGAGCGCCAAAGAGCGCGCUUUCGUGGAAGAGGUGGACAGGCUGCAGGCGAGCGUUUUACCUUCUGCGGAACGGGCUACGCACACCGACGAUGACGGGAAUGAUGCUACUCAGCAGUCGACGAAGAGCGGCGGUACUGCUUUGGCGUCCCGCUUCGCCGCCGUACAAUCUUUGCAGCACAGGCUUGUUCAGCAAGUGGAAGAAACGACGGAGGGCAAGGGAGACGAAGACGCUUCUGCUGGCGCUGUUGCUUCUACUACUCAAGGGCCCGUGGCUGUUGGCGGCGGAUAUAGGAAGCAGAAACUGGCGCAGGUCAUGGCUUUGUUGGAGACGGAGACGGCUUUGGUGGAGGGUGUGAUGGAGCGGUUGAAGAGAUUGCAGGGUGGCGCGUAGGGCUAGAUGCGCGCGCUUUGGCUUGAGUGCGAACUGGAUGAUGAGCUCUUCGUGCCGAUCAUUGGGGUAGCAGAUACUUACUGCGCGGUGCUGCGCUGGAACGUCGAAUACGAGCUCUCCAUUACCUCCGCGGAACAACGCUGCAUCAUGAA